AUGGAUGCCAGAAUGCAAAUAAAUGCUGAAUCCUUUUACAAUAAAAUGAGAAAUGCGGGUUAUGCCAGUGAUGAAAUUUCAUUCUUUACGAUGCUGAAAUUCUAUGAGGACCUUAAAGAUAAUGACAAGGUUGAGUUAUUGAUCGCAAAAAUGAUAGAGGAAAACAUACCAUUAAGUAGACAUUCCUUCAAUAUUUGGCUGUGGUCCUGUCAAAAUCAAGAAUCUUUGGAUAAAUUAUUUAAACAGGCGCAGCGGGAAACCACCUGCGAUUCCUCUUUGGAUCUCUUCUCCUCAAUAGCUAUUAUGUACAAUGAGUUAGGGCAGCUUGAAAAGGCUCAGGACUGUUUGAACGAAAUUGAGAGUAGAAUCACGGACGAGCAUUACAAAUUCAGCUAUCUCGCUAAUCUCUGCGGUAAACUUCGCAACAAACACGAGCUUUACCGAGUUUGGGAAAAUUACAACUCUGUCUUUCCAAAAUACUCAUCUGAUCGCUACUCGUCAGUAAUUUAUUAUUUGUUUAAAAUGGAUGAUAUUGAAGAUGCUGAAAAGAUUUACGAGGAAUGGCUUUCCCAACCUGAUGGUUCUGAUUCUGAAGAUAUUAUUGAAGAGCUUGGUAAUGAUGAUUCUGAUUCUAAUUCUAAUUCUAAUUCUAAGUAUGAUUCUGAUUCUGAUUCUGAUUACGGAGAUGUUAUUGAUGAGCCCCGUAAUUACAAAAGAAAUUAUCUAUUGUAUUGUUAUGUUAACAAAGGGCUUUUUAAAGAAGCUGAGACGUUCUUCAACCAAAUGAUUCAAGUGGGAAUAAAACCGAAUCCAUUUAUGUGGGAGAAUCUUGCCCUGCUCCACAUCCAAGAGAGGAGGAUUUCUAAGGCUCUGUCUUGCUUACGGAAAUUCUUUUCAGCUAGGGGUAAAGGUUGGGCGUAUCUUCCAAGUCCUAAGACGGUCCGUUACAUUCUCAAGAUUUGUGUCGAAGAAUCUGAUGGUGCAAGUCAGAAAGCCUUGUAUCAGAUCUUCGAGGAAGCCCGUAUCAGUAAAUCAGGUUUUGUGAUUUUGAAGGUAACGUUACCGUGCUUGAAGAAUAGAUUCAUACUCCUUGUUUCUUUUGCAAAAGAUGCAAAGAAGAAAAAAUCCCUGCAUCUAAACAUUGAUGGUGGUGUUGUCAAUGGUGAUUAUGCUCAGCAAAAAUGUUCUUAA